AUGCCUUCAAAGGUUAUUGUCAACAUUGAUGAGACGGGUGUCUAUUUUGACACACCGCCGACCAGAAUUCUGUGCGAGCGUGGAGCACCUUCAAAUAUUACCACGUCCCAAAAGCACUCUGCCCAACUAAGAGCUGUCGUGUUUCCAGGGAGACAAUUACCGCAUUUAUUUAUCGUCAGAGGUGAGCGAGAUGACACAAUUGCAUUAGAGGAAGUGCCUACUUACCCCAAAGUAAUGUUUGGUCUACGUAUCUACGUACCGUAA